AUGUUCAGCAAAAUCGUAGCUUUCGGCGCCCUCUUGGCGGCUGCCAAUGCUGGUCUCUUGGGACAUGGCCACGCCGUGUCUUCCCAAAGCAUCGUUCGUCAUGAUGAGCCCGCUCACUACGCUGCUCCCGUUGCCCACUACGCCGCUGCUCCCAUUGCCCACUACGCCCCUGCCCCGGUUGCCCACUACGCCCCUGCCCCCGUAGCCCACUACGCCGCUCCUGUGGCCCACUACGAAGGCCAUGACACCUACGCUCACCCCAAAUACGACUACGCUUACUCCGUGGCUGACCCCCACACCGGUGACCACAAGUCCCAGCACGAGAGCCGCGACGGUGACGCCGUGCACGGCUACUACUCUCUGGUGCAGCCUGAUGGCUCCGUGCGCAAGGUCGAGUACACCGCUGACGACCACAACGGUUUCAACGCGGUUGUCCACAACUCUGCCCCCGCCGUGCACCCCGCCCCCGCCCCCGCCCACGGCUACCACCAUUACUGAGCAUGAUCAUUGUUGUGUGAUUGUUUACUGAAUGUUCGACUUGCAACCUACCUAUUUAUAUUUUUGUAUGAUUGUGAUGUGUGCUGAAUAUAAUUUAAAAAUCUA